AUGGCCAGCUCAUUCCUAUCAGAUGUGCUUACAACAUCUAAACUAACUCCUCAGUCAAUAGAGAUUUCCCAGCAAACAAUCAACAAUGCAACCUCAAAAAUCAUUUCAAAUGACUUCAUAAAGAAAACCUUCUCAUCAAGGACUAACCAGUCUCAGAAAUUCAGUAUAAAACAGCUGAUCGAUAAAAGUCUUCUGAAACUUAAUUCCGCUGACGUCGAGCUUAAUCUGAGAAAAGCAAAACUUAGAGAGGCUAAAAGACUUAAAAAGCAGCUUGAAGCCAAACUUUCCACAAUUGCUGAAUCCAUUGAAGGACUCAACCCAUUCGAAGAUAUGGAGCAAAACCCUAACAUCCUCUUUGAGAGCAGCAAGACCUUUAGAAAAAUCCUUAUUUUUUGGAAAAUUGAACACUUGCAUAUAAAAAUAUUUAUUAUAUUAUUUUUAUAUAUAAUUAUUAAUUGAUAUAGCCCGAUCCAAAAUGGCGCUCAAAAACUAUAUAACGUUAUCUCUCACAAAUUUUUAUUAAAUUUUUUAAAAAUCUGAAAAUAUUUUUUAAAUACCCAAAAAAAAUAUGCCCUUUAAAAGCAAAUAAAUCUUUCUCUCGAAAGGGGAGUAAGCUAAACCUUCAAAACUCUAGAGUAAGACAAGAAUUCUUUAAUGUCGAAAAGAAAAAAAGUGAAGAAAACACUAAAGUCGUUCACAAUUACUUCCUAGAGCAGCAAAAGCGAGCCAAAAAAAUAAAAAAGCAUAUACAAGAACUAGAAAAAAUGAUCGAUGAAGAUAAAAAAGCAAAACAAGUGCAAGAAGAAGAAAUAAAAAGAAAAAAAGAAGAACAGUACCAAAGCGAACUUGAAAGGAUGCAGCAAAAAAAGCUGCAAAGGCAAAGAGAGCUUGAAGAAAUUCAAAAGCGAAAGCAAGAAUUCGAAGAAAUCAAAAAGCAAAAGCCACUUUUUGUGAAAAUAGAAGAAAAAUUCAAGAGUGAUAUUGAAAUGCCUGAAUUAGAAAAAAGAAAAGCAGAACUUGCUAAAAAAAGAAUGCUAUAUCAGCCGAUAAGGCAAGAUCAGCUAUCAGAGCAUGCUAAAUGGUAUGAAUCCUUAAAGCAAGAACAAGCUCAAAAGACUGAGAAAGAAAUAACGGCGAAAAAGCUUGACUUCAAGGUAAGAUCCAACUCAAACUUAUCAACGACUUGGAGUGUCAAAAUUAUUGAGCAAGAAAAGCAGCAAAAAGAAGCCCAAAAUUUGGCUAACUUAGAAAGGCUUAAAAUGAUAGAGAAAAAGACGAGAUAUGCCGAGAUCGUCAAAGAAAUGUUUUCACCAACAAUUGAUAAAUUUAAGCAGCAAGAGUUGCAGGAGAGAAUUGAUAAAAUUAAAAAUCCAAUACCAAAAAGAGCAGCAAAAACUCUAGAAAACACAGUUGAAGAAAAUCGGCCAGAGCCUGAAAAGAAAAAAAAGCCAUUCAAAAAGGCUAAGAAAGUUAGCACCCCUCCUGCAGAACCUGAAAAAGAAGUCAAAGUCGUUGAUUAUUUGGGAGAGAGAAGAAAGCAAAGAGAAGAGUACGAAAAAGAGCAUCCUCAAGAAGAUUUAGACUUAAACUUCAAUUGGGAAAAUGAAUUGCAAGAUGCUCCGGUUCAAGAAAAAAUAAAGAAAAUCAAGCAAAAAGAGCUGCUUAUCGAGAAGAAAAUCAAAGCUGAUUUAUCAAAUCCGACGAGUGUUAAAGCACUUCAACAAAGUGCAAGCGUUGACAAUUUCCUAAUUGGGUCAAUUAAGGCCAAGCUUCAAGUUCUUGACACCAUGGCUGAAUAG